CUUCGUAUUUGUUACUCUGUACUUGUUCAGUUAAGGCAGUAAACCCUCCCUCCAUUUCUUCUUCUUCUCUCUCCUUGAAUCCGAGCGACGAUUUCAGCAGCGAAGAGAUGUUGCGGAGCGCACUGAGCAAGGGCCUUUCUCUGCGCACAUCAUCAUCAUCAUUCUCAAAUGGGCUGAGUUCUCAAAAAUGUCGGGCAUUCAGCCUAAUUCCAAUGGUUAUAGAGCAUUCUUCCAGAGGGGAGAGAGCCUACGACAUCUUCUCUCGCCUUCUCAAGGAGCGCAUCAUCUGCAUCAAUGGUCCCAUCGCCGAUGAUACCGCCCAUGUUGUGGUAGCUCAGCUCCUUUACCUUGAAUCUGAGAACCCCUCUAAGCCCAUCAAUAUGUACCUUAAUUCCCCCGGUGGCGCCGUCACUGCUGGUCUUGCAAUUUAUGAUACCAUGCAGUACAUCCGCUCUCCAAUUAAUACCAUUUGUUUGGGACAGGCUGCAUCAAUGGGAUCACUCCUUUUGGCCGCUGGUACCAAGGGUGAGAGAAGGUCCCUCCCAAAUGCAACAAUUAUGGUUCAUCAACCAUCUGGUGGUUACAGCGGGCAAGCAAAGGAUAUGACUAUUCACACAAAACAAAUUGUCCGUGUCUGGGAUUCAUUGAAUGCAUUGUACUCUAAGCAUACAGGGCAGCCUGUUGACGUUAUUCAAAAGUACAUGGAUCGAGAUUACUUUAUGACACCAGAAGAGGCAAAAGAGUUUGGGAUUAUUGAUGAAGUCAUUAAUGAGAGACCCAUAGAUUUGGUAAGUGACGCUGUUAGCACAGAAGAAAAGGACAAAGGCAAAGGUUCAAACUAGGAUACAUCAGUGAGAUGGUCGAAUCUUGAAAGAAAAAGUUAUCGUCUAACAUAGUAGAUCAAUAACGAUUGAACAUCACUCGGGAGAUGUUGAGGAAGAGUUCAGAGAGCAAUGUUCGGUGAUUUUUUUGCUGAAUUGAGAUUUAUACAAUGUUGAUAAAAACCUGGAUAGAGUGAUCCUUGAACAUGGCCAUGGCCAUGGCCGGUGCUAUUACGUUAUCUUUCAGGAAUGCUUUGUAUUAUUUUGCCUUUUUCCCGUAUCAUGUUAUGCACCUUAAAGCGUAUUUUUCACUCUGGGUGGAAGUGUUCUUGAAUUAUCAUUAGUGUACUUUUACUUGCAUAUCAAAGGCUCCGAUAUUGAUAAUUGUAUCAUUUUAUGCGCCUUAAGAACCCUGCAGGAUGUUUGAUUUUGUUGCUUAAAAUCAAUGUUUGAUAAUUCAUUCUUGUCUGUAUCAAUCGGUACUCUAGCCGCCAAGCUAGGACCGUUGCAUAUUAUAUGAUUUGUUGCUGAAAAUUGUUGAUGUAUACGUUAACUAAUUGUACUCUUAUGCUCUAAGCCUUCAAAA